UAUUCUUUCUCAAUUUCUGACUCAUGACCCACGGCCCCCCACUUGUUCAUGAAAAUAUCUUCUCCAGCAUAUCACCUUACACUCUCGUUUCUUUUCUUUCUCCCAACGCCAGACCCAUUUUCUUCUUCUCUUUCACGUUUUCUUUCUUUCUUCAGCAGACCCAUUUCUGCUCCUUCUUCCUUUCUUCUCCAUGGACAACCAGCCAUGAGCCACCACCACCACCACACACAAAAGCUCCAACCAUGGCCACUCCAAACAGCCAUGGACACGCGAGCACCACAGCCACCGCUGGUCACCACCGCCACGCCUCCUUUCAUGAGCGAACCACCACCUCUACUCUCCCUCUUGGUAGAUCCUCUUCUCCCUCUCCACGAGAUGCCACCGCUGGCCACCAUCACCAUAGGUUGCUUCUAAUUAAUACUAUUGGCUUUUGUUUUGGUUACGAAGGGCGAAAGCGCCUCGCGGUGAAGCUAAAGAAUAGAAGGAAGCGAGCCGACGUGGAAAACAAAGAUGUGAUUGGAUUGAAGUUGCAGUUUAGGAAGAAAUUGGUUAAGGAGCCCCUCCCGGGAUCGUCCAGGUCGCCGGUUCACCACCUCUCCACUCCUCUCCGCCACUCUCGCUCUCCGAGUGGCUUGGUCACCCCGAUCACUUAUCUACUAAAAAAAUAUAAGAUAAAUUUUAACAGCAUCCAAAUAGGUUUAGAGUAUGUAAUAUUGAACCUGAUGUUUAGCAUCAUCCCAUAGCUUAGGAACAACAGUUCUAUCAUCCGUAGAAUUCAAAUAGAUGAAGACUGGUCCAAAAACUUUCUUCUAUGCCUCACCAGCUUGGAACUUAGGCACCAGAUCUUGUCCGCUAUAAUGAGGACUUUGAAACA